AUGGUUUAUCCUGCGAAAACCGGUUACAUUUGACCGAUAAUCCACGCCUAAUCCGCCUGCGCGAGAACUCCAAAGAGCCUUGGCACUGGCCUUGGAUUAAAAUUUACCAAAAGGACGUCAUCCAAAGACGGAAGGCAUCAGUUUUCACCAAAACAUAUCAAAUUUCUCGGCUUACAACGAAGAAAAUCCGUAGAAUGCCAAGUGGGAAGCCCAAUAGUUCAUUCUUUCCAAGCCCACAAAUGGAUAUGAGUGGAAAAUUGAUUAUUAAAGCUCAACUUGGCAACGAUAUUAGACAAAUUCCAAUUCACAACGAAGACUUAACUUACGAUGACUUGUUGAUUAUGAUGCAACGAGUAUUCUCUGGCCAAUUAACUAACUCCGACGAUGUGACUAUAAAAUAUAAAGAUGAAGAUGGGGAUCUGAUUACCAUAUCCGAUAGUUCUGAGCUUUCCUAUGCUAAAUCCGUUAGUCGAAUUCUCAGGAUAACGUUAUUUGUGAACCAAUAUCCACGUCCAAUGGAGCAUGACAUGGUGAGGGAGUUUCGAAAGGAGCUUGCGCAAAUCCGAGACAAAAUCAAUUUCUUAUUCGAUCGACUUGAGUCAGCAGAAACAGAGGCAGAUAAAUAUAAAGCUGGAAAACAGCAAUAUCCUACAAAACCUGGUCCAGUGGCAGCAGCUCCUGAAAAAGCAGCUAUAGCUCCUAUUCCGGAAGUCAGCAAACCUGUGGACCCACAAGCCCGGGUUCACGCUGCAAUGUUUGAUCCACUAAACCAACAACAGUCAAAGCAAAUGGAUAGCAAAGCUGCUGACCAGUUUGAUCAAAUUGGCAAGCAAGCAAUGUUAAAUGGGACACAACCCACAAGUGAAAAAGGACUUGCAAAUACUCAAGGAUAUUCAGCUUCAAAUUUCGGUAAUACAACACAAGCGCCUUAUCCAAGUAGCGCAGGAUUCAACCCUUCCCAAAGGUCUACCCCGCCUCCACAAACAUAUAAAUCUGCACCUAAUCAGGCACCCUCUGGACAAGUUCCACCUAGUCAGACCCCUCCUACUCAACCAAGUUCAGGAUACAAUCAAUCAAGUUAUGCAGCAACAUCCCAGGCAUAUUCUCAAGGGUAUAGUUUCCAACCAAGUAGCAGUAGCAAUAAUGGUGGUGGUGGAAACCCCAGUGUGUCGGCACCCACACAGUCUUACUCUGGUCAAAGCCAGGCGCAGGUGUAUAUAGGUGGGGGAGAUCCAGGUUACCAAUCAGGGGCAUAUCCAGGUAAUACAACUGGAAGUUCAAGUAGCAAUCCUUAUUCGAGAACUGCAACUGGCGCAUCAUACCCUCAGCAACCACCUGCUGGGGGGUAUGAUUACAGUGCAUCAGGACAAUAUCCAACCAGCUACCAGGGCCCAUAUCCUAAUUACUAGUAAGAGGAAUGAUAUAAUUUA